UAAGUGGGAGCUAAUAAUGGGUACACAUGGGCACAAAGAAAUGCAAAGGACAUUGGAAACUAAGAAGGAGGGAGAAUGGGAUGGGAGUGAGAUAUAAAAAUUUACCUGUCAGGUCCAGUGAACGCUAUCCAGGUGAUGGACACACUGAAAGCCUUGACUUUAGCAUUGUACAGUGUAUCCAUGUAACAAAAACAUUCAUACCCCCUUAAUAUUUUGAAAUAAAAAAUACAAAAAAAUGUAAUGAAGUAUUGAUAUAUACUGCAACGUGGAUGAACCCUGGAAACAUUAUGCAAUGUGAAAGAAGUAAAUCACCAAAGGCCAAACAUUGCAUUAUUGUACAUUUCAUAUGAAAGAUCAUAAGAAAUAAAUAUAUAGACACAGAAAAAAAGUAAAAUACCCCCAAGAAAAUAUCAAUCUUUAUACAAAAUGUAGCAAAAUGAAUGAAUAUGGUGAAUCUUAGAAAUAGAGCUAACAGGAUUUUUUUUAUAUAGUUCAGUUGUAGAAGAUGAAUAAUAGAGCUUUUCUGUGAUUGCUACAGACAGAAAAAUUGAUUUAGUUAAGGUUAGUCUAUAGAUGUUGCUGGAAAGCAGCUAUUAAUUCUUCAAAUUAUUUGUUGUGUUAGAUUUCCUACACCUAAAAUAAAUUUUUUCAGAAAUGCAUUUCCUUUUCUUUCUAUUUUUUCUUUGUAGUUAUAGUAUUUCAUCCUUGGUGUAGCUCUAGAUUAAGUCAUCCAAUUGUGAAUAUUCUGUUUGCUGAUAUUAAGUACUUUGUUUAAUAAUGUAAAAUGUUUUUUAAUGUGAGAAAAUUAGCUUUUUCCUUUAGUGUGUCAUGAGAUAUGGUUGCGGAUGGAGGGAACUGGACAUUUUAAAUGGAAGAAGCAGCUCUUACUAAUGAAGAGUAGACUGCUGUUUCACAGUGACAGAUGAGACCCAAUGAGGUCUGGGAGUUUGUUAAGGACAUUUGACAAUGUCACAAUUGGAGGGAUGGAGCUACAAAUAGAUCUCAGCUUCCCUAGGCUUUUGUAAUUACUGGUGUGCUACAUGUAAAUCACUUCCCUUUCACAGAAUUGUUGUUCUUAAGGAAGACUUUGAGAAGUAACUGUGAAAGAGGUAUUGAACUCAUAUUUAUAGACCUCCUACAGUGUGCCUGGAACUGUGGCAAGAUUUUUCUAAAUGUUAUACCAUUCGCUUUCCACAAAAAUAUUAGGAGUAAGUGCUAAGCCCUUUUUGCAGAUGAGAGGAUGCCACUGACCCCUAAAAAGGUUAAGUACUUUGUUCAAGGGACAAAGCUGAUAAGUGGGAGAUCCCUGAUUCCAACCUAGGUGACUCCAAAGCCUACCUUCUCUUUCUGUUACAGCCCUUGUCAUGAGAUGAAUGAACUUUCUUAAUGAAAAUUGCUGAUUUAUUUGUAUUUUUAAAUAUGGAUCAUAACCUCGCUUUUGAAUGUCAUUAAGUCUUAAUUUUACAUUAAACAAGAAGGAUUGUCCUCCCGAAUUCUGAAAAUCAGAUGGUUGAGUUAUGAAAAUAUGUUUUAUGGAACCACUCUUUUAUAAAUCUUCCUUCAUCUAUUAGGUUUAGUAGAGCAACUUCCUUUUAAUAUCAUGAUUUCUGGCUCUUUGAUUAGCUGCUUCUUGGAAUUUUCAAAAUAUCUACAUGGUUUUAAUAAAAUAUAGCCUUAAAAAUGAGAAAAAUCACACCAUGAGUCAAAGAGAACUCCAAACACUCACUAGCAUUGAAACCAAGGCACCGGAUUAUGCACUGAGGUACCAUUAAGACUUGCAAUAUUAGUUCCAAAUGAAAAUAAAAUGGGACUUGAAAUGUACACAGCUUUCAUGAUGAAUUUAUAAUAUUGAAGCCAAAUUAAUUUAUGGUACCCCUCUACAAUAUUUGUGUCAAAAAGAAAAUUACUAGUGCAGAGAGAAUCUAGGAAAAGCCAGUAAGAACUGAAAAGGGAAAUCUUUAUAAUUGGAUUUUUGAAAAUUAGGAGUAUAUAAAUUCAACACACAAACCUACCUUUUGCAUUAUAGUUAUAAAAAUUUUGACUGCAAAGGAAAAUAUAUUUGCAAUGUUGAAUCUGCUACUUCAAUGAGAAUAACUUAUUGAGAUUCAAAAUAUGGGAUUUUAAAGUAAUUAGAAAUUGGAAUUAUUUUCAGCAUGGAUGUUUGUUAGUUUGUUUUCUAUACUUCAGCAGAAUUUCCUCACAAUUUUGGCUUAAGUAUCCAUCUCCAGGACAUAAUCUUGCAAGAUCACCUCUCACACUUAUCUCUUGGUGACUGGGUUUUGAGAUGGGACAUUAUGAACUUGGUCUGACAACUUAAUAAGAUGUAAUAAGACCUGAAAUAGGAACAAUGCCCUUUCAACUGAGAAGAUCUAGAUAGGGACAGAAUCUUUUCAAGGGUAUGUCUAACUAAAUUCCCUUUAGGACUUCCCUCUAAAACAUUAAAUGUCUUUUCCUGUUUCAAACUAGAAUGUGAUCAGUUGGAAUAUUGGCGAGGAACAGGUCAUUAGUGAAAACUCCAAUGAAGACAACUGGCUUUGGGUUUGAUUUUCCUGUUUUUGCGGUUAGCUUAGCACCAGAUGGUGCCCUAGUGAGUUCUGUAUAAGUAAUACAAUCAUAGGGUUGAGUGAUUCUCUACCAGUCACAGACUCAAGCAGAAAAUAGCACUUGUCUCUCCACACAAGCUCAUGUAGAUUCUCUUAUUGCUGAAUUGUUCUUAUGCAGCUCUAACCCUGAAAUUGUUGUUAUGGCUAGCAUUUUUUCCGUUUCUUUAUUGAGCAGGCAAGCAGCCAAAUCCUCACUCUGACCAGGAGGGAAGAGCUGCUGGAUUUGAGGAUCUUUAGUUGAUAUAUCUAUCCAUUGCAAAAAGGAAAGACAAAGAAGCAAAAAUCUCUGCAUUUCCUCUAUUGUUCAUGAAAGAAAAGGGUGGCCCUAACACUCCCUUGACAGUUGGUGCACAUUAGGGGGUGAUGGAACUGGCUUUGCUUACAGAAGCCCUGUGACAAUCUCUUACAGGCUUUCAAAGGUCUAGCUUAAGUGCCAACUCUAGGCUGUGACGCUCAGUGAUCCUUUUCCGGGUUCAUAUUAUAAUUACAGUUUGUACCUCCAGAUCUAUUCUAGCUCUUCAUUAUGUACUGUUGGGUAUUAUUCCUUCUCCACUCUUCUCUUCUUCGAUGUAAGUCUUGUCUCACCUACAAGAUUGUUCACUUUAUGAUUGGUCAUAACAGCAAAGACUGCUUGCUUUAAAGGACUUCCUCAUCCUUUUUUGUUUUUCAUGAAACUGAGCUUGCUUAAUCAGAGAUGGAACAAACAGACUGCAAACCCUACCAGCCUCUGUCAAAAGUCAAGCAUGAAAUGGAUCUAGCUUAUACCAGUUCUUCUGAUGAGAGUGAAGAUGGAAGAAAACCAAGACAGUCAUACAACUCCAGGGAAACUCUGCAUGAGUAUAACCAAGAGCUGAGGAUGAAUUACAACAGCCAGAGCAGAAAGAGGAAAGAAGUAGAGAAAACUACUCAAGAGAUGGAAUUCUGUGAAACCUCUCAUACUCUGUGCUCUGGCUACCAGACAGACAUGCACAGUGUUUCUCGGCAUGGCUACCAGCUAGAGAUGGCAUCUGAUGUGGACACAGAGACAGAGGGUGCUGCCUCACCAGACCACGCACUAAGAAUGUGGAUAAGGGGAAUGAAAUCAGAGCAUAGUUCCUGUUUGUCCAGCCGGGCCAACUCUGCAUUGUCCUUGACUGACACUGACCAUGAAAGGAAGUCUGAUGGGGAAAAUGGUUUCAAAUUCUCUCCUGUUCAUUGUGACAUGGAGGCUCAAGCUGGAUCUACUCAAGAUGCGCAGAGCAGCCCACAUAACCAGUUCACCUUCAGACCCCUCCCACCACCUCCACCACCUCCACAUGCCUGCACCUGUGCCAGGAAGCCACCCCCUGCAGCAGACUCUCUUCAGAGGCGAUCAAUGACAACCCGCAGCCAGCCCAGCCCAGCUGCUCCAGCGCCCCCGACCAGUACACAGGAUUCAGUUCAUCUGCAUAACAGCUGGGUCUUGAAUAGCAACAUACCAUUGGAGACCAGGCAUUUCCUGUUCAAACAUGGAUCUGGUUCCUCCGCUAUCUUCAGUGCAGCCAGUCAGAACUACCCUUUGACGUCCAAUACCGUGUACUCGCCCCCUCCCAGGCCCCUUCCUCGAAGCGCCUUUUCCAGGCCCGCCUUUACCUUUCACAAACCUUACAGAUGCUGCAACUGGAAGUGCACAGCAUUGAGCGCCACUGCAAUCACAGUGACUUUGGCCUUGUUACUAGCCUAUGUGAUUGCAGUACAUUUGUUCGGCCUGACUUGGCAGUUGCAACCAGUUGAAGGAGAGCUCUAUGCAAAUGGAGUUAGCAAAGGGAACAGAGGGACCGAGUCCAUGGAUACUACUUACUCUCCAAUUGGAGGAAAAGUUUCCGAUAAAUCAGAAAAAAAAGUGUUUCAGAAGGGACGGGCCAUAGACACUGGAGAAGUUGACAUUGGUGCACAGGUCAUGCAGACCAUUCCACCCGGCUUAUUCUGGCGUUUCCAGAUUACUAUCCACCAUCCGAUAUAUCUGAAAUUCAAUAUUUCCUUAGCCAAGGACUCUCUACUGGGAAUUUAUGGCAGAAGAAACAUUCCACCUACACACACGCAGUUUGAUUUUGUAAAACUAAUGGAUGGCAAACAGCUGGUCAAGCAGGACUCCAAGGGCUCUGAUGAUACCCAGCAUUCCCCUCGGAACCUGAUAUUAACCUCACUUCAGGAGACAGGUUUCAUAGAGUAUAUGGACCAAGGGCCUUGGUAUCUGGCAUUUUACAAUGACGGAAAGAAGAUGGAGCAAGUAUUUGUGUUAACUACAGCAAUCGAAAUAAUGGAUGACUGUUCAACCAAUUGCAAUGGAAAUGGAGAGUGUAUCUCUGGCCAUUGCCACUGUUUCCCAGGAUUCCUUGGACCUGACUGUGCUAGAGAUUCAUGCCCUGUGCUUUGUGGUGGGAACGGAGAAUACGAGAAAGGACACUGUGUCUGCCGGCAUGGCUGGAAGGGGCCAGAGUGUGAUGUUCCAGAAGAACAAUGCAUUGACCCAACGUGCUUUGGCCAUGGCACCUGCAUCAUGGGAGUCUGCAUUUGUGUGCCAGGAUACAAAGGAGAAAUAUGCGAAGAAGAGGACUGCUUAGACCCAAUGUGUUCCAGCCAUGGCAUCUGUGUAAAAGGAGAAUGUCACUGCUCUACUGGCUGGGGAGGAGUCAACUGUGAAACUCCACUUCCUAUAUGUCAAGAGCAGUGCUCAGGACAUGGGACUUUUCUUCUGGACACUGGAGUGUGCAGCUGUGAUCCCAAGUGGACAGGAUCUGACUGUUCAACAGAGCUCUGUACCAUGGAGUGUGGAAGCCAUGGGGUCUGCUCAAGGGGAAUUUGCCAAUGUGAAGAAGGUUGGGUAGGACCAACAUGUGAGGAACGUUCCUGUCAUUCUCACUGUGCUGAACAUGGCCAAUGCAAAGAUGGAAAAUGUGAGUGUAGCCCUGGAUGGGAGGGCGACCACUGCACAAUUGCUCACUACUUAGAUGCUGUCCGAGAUGGCUGCCCAGGGCUCUGCUUUGGAAAUGGACGAUGUACCCUGGAUCAAAAUGGUUGGCACUGUGUGUGUCAGGUUGGUUGGAGUGGGACAGGCUGCAAUGUUGUCAUGGAAAUGCUUUGUGGAGAUAACUUGGACAAUGAUGGAGAUGGUCUGACUGACUGUGUGGACCCUGACUGUUGUCAACAAAGCAACUGUUAUGUGAGUCCUCUCUGUCAGGGCUCACCAGAUCCUCUUGACCUCAUUCAGCAAAGCCAACCCCUCCUCUCUCAGCACACUUCAAGACUCUUCUAUGAUCGAAUCAAAUUCCUCAUUGGCAAGGACAGUACUCAUGUCAUUCCUCCAGAGAUCUCAUUCGACAGCAGGCGUGCCUGUGUGAUUCGAGGCCAAGUGGUGGCCAUAGAUGGAACCCCUCUAGUUGGGGUGAACGUCAGUUUCUUGCACCACAGCGAUUAUGGGUUUACCAUCAGCCGACAAGAUGGAAGCUUUGAUCUCGUAGCCAUUGGCGGUAUCUCUGUCAUCUUAAUCUUUGACCGAUCACCUUUCCUGUCUGAGAAGAGGACGCUCUGGUUGCCAUGGAAUCAGUUUAUUGUGGUGGAGAAAGUAACCAUGCAGAGAGUUAUAUCAGACCCACCAUCCUGUGAUAUCUCCAACUUUAUCAGCCCAAACCCUAUCGUACUUCCUUCACCACUCACAUCAUUUGGAGGGUCCUGUCCAGAGAGGGGAACUAUUGUUCCUGAACUGCAGGUUGUACAGGAGGAAAUCCCCAUUCCUUCUAGCUUUGUGAGGCUGAGUUACCUGAGCAGCCGCACCCCUGGCUACAAAACGCUGCUACGGAUCCUUCUGACACAUUCAACAAUUCCCGUCGGGAUGAUAAAAGUACACCUCACUGUAGCUGUGGAAGGGCGACUCACACAGAAGUGGUUUCCUGCCGCAGUUAAUCUCGUCUACACGUUUGCCUGGAAUAAGACUGACAUCUAUGGACAGAGGGUUUGGGGCUUGGCAGAGGCUUUAGUGUCUGUGGGAUAUGAAUAUGAGACAUGCCCUGACUUUAUUCUCUGGGAGCAAAGGACAGUUGUUUUACAAGGUUUUGAGAUGGAUGCUUCUAACCUAGGAGGCUGGUCCUUGAACAAGCAUCACAUUUUGAAUCCUCAAAGUGGAAUCAUACAUAAAGGGAAUGGAGAAAAUAUGUUCAUUUCCCAGCAGCCCCCAGUCAUAUCAACCAUAAUGGGUAAUGGGCACCAAAGGAGUGUAGCCUGCACCAACUGCAAUGGCCCAGCCCACAACAACAAACUAUUUGCUCCUGUCGCCUUAGCUUCUGGCCCUGAUGGCAGUGUGUAUGUUGGCGACUUCAAUUUUGUAAGGCGAAUAUUUCCCUCGGGAAACUCCGUUAGUAUUUUGGAAUUAAGAAACAGAGAUACCAGACAUAGCACAAGUCCUGCUCACAAAUACUAUCUGGCUAUGGACCCCAUGUCUGAAUCACUCUAUUUAUCAGACACCAAUACUCGAAAAGUCUACAAGUUGAAAUCUCUUGUGGAAACAAAAGAUCUGUCCAAGAAUUUUGAAGUGGUGGCUGGAACUGGUGACCAGUGCCUUCCCUUUGACCAGAGUCACUGUGGAGAUGGUGGGAGAGCAUCGGAAGCUUCACUGAACAGCCCCCGAGGCAUCACAGUUGAUAAGCAUGGAUUCAUUUACUUUGUGGAUGGGACUAUGAUUCGGAGAAUUGAUGAGAAUGCCCUGAUCACAACUGUAAUCGGCUCAAACGGUCUGACUUCCACACAGCCACUGAGCUGUGACUCAGGAAUGGACAUCACUCAGGUGCGAUUAGAGUGGCCAACAGACCUUGCAGUCAAUCCCAUGGACAAUUCAUUGUAUGUCUUAGAUAACAACAUUGUGCUGCAGAUUUCUGAGAACAGGCGUGUGCGGAUCAUUGCAGGGCGCCCCAUUCACUGCCAGGUGCCAGGCAUCGAUCAUUUCUUGGUCAGCAAAGUAGCAAUUCACUCCACUCUAGAGUCGGCUAGGGCCAUCAGCGUCUCCCACAGCGGGCUGCUCUUCAUAGCUGAAACAGACGAGAGGAAAGUAAACCGCAUUCAGCAAGUGACCACCAAUGGGGAGAUCUCCAUCAUUGCUGGUGCCCCCACUGACUGUGACUGCAAAAUUGAUCCCAACUGUGACUGUUUUUCAGGUGAUGGUGGCUAUGCCAAAGAUGCAAAGAUGAAGGCGCCUUCCUCCUUAGCAGUAUCACCUGAUGGUACCCUCUAUGUGGCAGACCUUGGAAAUGUUCGAAUUCGUACCAUCAGCAAGAACCAAGCCCACCUGAAUGACAUGAACCUUUAUGAGAUUGCCUCACCUGCUGAUCAGGAACUGUACCAGUUCACUGUCAAUGGAACCCACCUGCACACCCUGAACUUGAUAACAAGGGACUACGUGUAUAACUUCACCUACAAUGCUGAAGGUGACUUGGGUGCAAUUACCAGCAGCAAUGGCAAUUCGGUACACAUUCGCCGUGACGCAGGAGGGAUGCCCCUUUGGCUUGUGGUGCCAGGUGGGCAGGUGUACUGGCUGACCAUAAGCAGCAAUGGAGUCCUUAAAAGAGUGUCAGCUCAAGGCUAUAAUCUGGCCUUGAUGACCUAUCCAGGAAACACAGGACUUCUGGCCACCAAAAGUAACGAAAAUGGAUGGACAACUGUUUAUGAGUAUGACCCCGAGGGACAUCUGACCAAUGCAACGUUUCCCACUGGAGAGGUCAGCAGUUUCCACAGUGACCUGGAGAAGCUGACAAAAGUGGAGCUAGAUACUUCCAACCGCGAAAAUGUCCUCAUGUCCACCAACUUGACAGCAACUAGUACCAUAUAUAUUUUAAAACAAGAAAAUACUCAAAGUACCUAUCGGGUGAGUCCGGAUGGUUCCCUGCGGGUUACUUUUGCCAGCGGGAUGGAGAUCAGCCUCAGCUCAGAGCCCCACAUCCUGGCUGGGGCGGUCAACCCCACUCUGGGCAAAUGCAACAUCUCAUUGCCAGGAGAGCACAAUGCAAACCUCAUCGAGUGGCGGCAGAGGAAGGAGCAAAACAAAGGCAGCAUUGCAGCUUUUGAGAGGAGGCUGAGGGCCCAUAACAGAAACCUGCUCUCCAUAGAUUUUGAUCAUAUAACCCGCACAGGAAAGAUCUAUGAUGACCAUCGAAAAUUCACCCUUCGAAUUCUUUAUGACCAAACUGGGCGACCCGUUCUGUGGUCUCCCGUAAGCAGAUAUAAUGAAGUGAACAUCACAUAUUCACCUUCAGGAUUGGUGACAUUUAUUCAAAGAGGGACAUGGAAUGAAAAAAUGGAAUAUGACCAGAGUGGAAAAAUAAUAUCAAGAACUUGGGCUGAUGGGAAAAUUUGGAGCUAUACCUACUUAGAAAAGUCGGUGAUGCUUCUCUUACACAGCCAGCGGCGUUACAUCUUUGAGUAUGACCAAUCGGACUGUCUGCUCUCAGUCACCAUGCCUAGUAUGGUGCGCCACAGCUUCCAAACCAUGCUUUCAGUAGGCUACUACCGGAACAUCUACACCCCACCAGACAGUAGCACUUCUUUUAUCCAAGACUACAGUCGAGAUGGCCGACUGCUACAGACCCUGCAUCUGGGGACAGGGCGCAGAGUUUUGUACAAGUACACUAAGCAAGCAAGGCUAUCUGAGAUUCUCUAUGAUACCACCCAGGUGACAUUAACAUAUGAAGAGUCGUCUGGAGUGAUUAAGACGAUACACCUGAUGCACGACGGAUUCAUCUGCACAAUCAGAUACAGGCAAACAGGACCUCUUAUUGGACGCCAGAUUUUCAGAUUCAGUGAAGAAGGUCUUGUGAAUGCACGGUUUGACUACAGCUACAACAACUUCCGUGUCACCAGCAUGCAAGCUGUGAUCAAUGAAACCCCUUUGCCCAUAGAUCUGUACCGAUAUGUUGAUGUCUCUGGUAGAACAGAGCAGUUUGGAAAAUUCAGUGUGAUUAAUUACGAUUUAAAUCAGGUCAUAACUACUACAGUGAUGAAGCACACCAAGAUCUUCAAUGCCAAUGGACAAGUCAUUGAAGUCCAGUAUGAAAUCCUAAAGGCAAUCGCCUACUGGAUGACUAUUCAAUAUGAUAACAUGGGCCGUAUGGUAAUAUGUGACAUAAGGGUAGGAGUAGAUGCCAAUAUAACAAGGUACUAUUAUGAAUACGAUGCUGAUGGACAACUUCAGACCGUUUCUGUAAAUGACAAAACCCAGUGGCGUUAUAGUUAUGAUCUGAAUGGAAACAUCAACCUCUUAAGCCAUGGGAAUAGUGCUCGUCUCACUCCUCUCCGAUAUGACCUCCGAGACCGCAUCACCAGACUAGGAGAAAUUCAGUAUAAAAUGGAUGAAGAUGGCUUUCUGAGGCAGAGGGGAAAUGAUGUAUUUGAAUAUAAUUCUAAUGGUCUGCUGCAGAAAGCCUAUAAUAAGGCUUCUGGCUGGACUGUGCAGUAUUACUAUGAUGGGCUUGGGCGACGCGUCGCCAGUAAGUCCAGCCUAGGGCAGCACCUCCAGUUCUUUUAUGCAGACCUUGCCAACCCCAUAAGAGUUACUCAUUUGUACAACCACACGAGCUCAGAGAUUACAUCUCUGUAUUAUGAUCUCCAAGGUCACCUUAUUGCCAUGGAGUUAAGCAGUGGUGAAGAAUAUUAUGUAGCCUGUGAUAAUACAGGCACACCACUAGCUGUGUUCAGUAGUCGAGGUCAGGUCAUAAAAGAGAUAUUGUACACACCUUAUGGCGAUAUCUAUCAUGACACUUACCCUGACUUUCAGGUCAUCAUUGGUUUUCAUGGAGGCCUCUAUGAUUUCCUUACUAAAUUAGUGCACCUGGGGCAAAGGGAUUAUGAUGUUGUCGCUGGCAGAUGGACAACACCUAAUCAUCACAUAUGGAAACAGCUGAACCUCCUUCCUAAACCAUUCAACCUCUACUCCUUUGAGAAUAACUACCCAGUUGGCAAAAUUCAAGAUGUUGCAAAGUAUACCACAGACAUCGGAAGUUGGUUGGAGCUAUUUGGUUUCCAGUUACACAAUGUACUACCUGGAUUUCCCAAACCAGAAUUAGAAAAUUUGGAAGUAACUUAUGAGCUUCUACAGCUUCAGACAAAAACUCAAGAGUGGGAUCCUGGAAAGACAAUCCUGGGCAUUCAGUGUGAGCUCCAGAAACAGCUUAGGAAUUUCAUUUCCCUGGACCAACUUCCUAUGACUCCCCGAUAUAAUGAUGGACGGUGCCUUGAAGGAGGGAAGCAACCAAGGUUUGCUGCUGUCCCUUCUGUCUUUGGAAAAGGUAUAAAAUUUGCCAUCAAGGAUGGCAUAGUCACGGCUGAUAUUAUAGGAGUAGCUAAUGAAGAUAGCAGGCGGCUUGCUGCCAUUCUUAAUAAUGCUCAUUACCUGGAAAACCUACAUUUUACCAUAGAGGGGAGGGACACUCACUAUUUCAUUAAGCUUGGGUCUCUGGAGGAAGACCUGGUGCUCAUCGGUAACACUGGGGGGAGGCGGAUUCUGGAGAAUGGUGUCAAUGUCACAGUGUCCCAGAUGACUUCUGUGUUGAAUGGGAGGACUAGACGGUUUGCAGAUAUUCAGCUCCAGCACGGGGCCCUAUGCUUCAACAUCCGGUAUGGGACGACUGUCGAAGAAGAAAAGAAUCAUGUGUUGGAGAUCGCCAGACAACGCGCUGUGGCCCAGGCCUGGACUAAGGAACAAAGAAGGCUGCAAGAAGGAGAAGAGGGGAUUCGGGCAUGGACAGAGGGGGAAAAGCAGCAGCUUUUGAGCACUGGGAGGGUACAAGGUUAUGAUGGGUAUUUUGUUUUGUCUGUGGAGCAGUAUUUAGAACUUUCUGACAGUGCCAACAAUAUUCACUUUAUGAGACAGAGCGAAAUAGGCAGGAGGUAACAAAAAAAAUCUCUGCCUUUGCGUCACCAAAGACUGCCUGUUUUUAAAACAUAAAAUGGUUUAUUGUAUUGGUUUUCUAGAUCAGAACUCUGUAUAUGUAAAUAUGGAGGAAAAACAUAUCCAACUGCCUUUCAAUGUGACGGAAGAUGGUAUUUUAAUAUUGUUUGUUUAAACUCUUUAAGAAAUGACAGAGAUUUUUAGUUCUUGUGUGGCAGUAUUCAAAAUAACACAAGUAGAACUUAAACAGCUAAAAACAGUUUUCUGAAAGCACCACUUUAAAUGUGUCGAGCCAUGCAUAUGUUCCAAUAUCCGGAAAGAACACAAGGUUCUCUAUCUCUAUUGUGACAUGAAGUUUCAUACUUAACUGCUGGCAGAAUUUGCAGGCUAUUUGAAAAGGUGGUGCAAUAGUAUCUGAACCGUGCAUUACGAAAGACUGCCAGCUCUUUCACAUUUUCUGGAUCUGUUAUAGGAAACUUAAAAAGAAGUGUAAAAUGUCUUCAGCCACCAUCUCCUAGAGUCAGGACCCAUUUGCCCUUCCUCCCUGUUUAUUCCUCCUUGCUUGUUAAAGUAAAUGCCAUGUUGUUGUGCUGUGUUUUGGCGUGUGGUGGCUGGAUUCUGUCUACCAUGCUUCCCCGUGGGUGUGGGAACCAGACUGAAUAGCCACUAUUUGCUUGGUGUGUACAUGAUACCAAAGCAGCUGGCCGAUGUGACGUCUCUCAGACAACCUGUUUUGGCUAAACUUUUUUAUCAAAUUGUCCAGCUGUAUUGGCGUCAUGUAAACAUAGCUUUUAUUAACCUGGGUAGGAAUUUCUCAUUUAUAUAUAGGGUGUGUUUUGGUCAUAGUUUCACAUUGGUGAUUCAGUAUUUAUACACUAAUUCAAUGGUUUUGUGCACAUGAAAGGUAAUUUACUAAAAAGUAUGAUUCUGGUACAAAAAAAAAAAAACGAGGCUUUAGCAGGUAUACAUGCCUGAGAUACCAAUAAAUAUAGUAACUACUACUGCAGAAAUUCAUAAGAUUCAAAACCUUAAAAAAAUAGACCUAAUACUAAAAUGAAAAUACCAAAGGGAAGACCAGACCAAACAUCACAGCAGUUUCUGCCACGUUGUUUCAGCCCACUUAGAUUUAUCUUUCAAAUGUACAAUUCUGUAUUGAACAUCUCCUAGUCAUAUUCAGGAACUUGAAUCAGGUGAAUCCUUUCCAACUUCAAACAUUUCAACUAAUUAAAGAGAGGCAGACUAGUUUUUACUAACACAAUUUUUAUGGUCAGUUAUUUUAGUUAUCCACCUUUACCCGUUUAUUUUUGUUUAAUCAUCUUUCCUGCCUAGGAAAGUUACUAUAUUCCAAGAUAGGUUAUUUGUUCCGUGAUCAUUUAAAAAUUGGAGAAAGGUCAGGAUUAGUGUUAAUAUCAGCAGCAGUUUCUCAAUCUCUAGGACUCCUGAGAAGCCCCUUGGUGAGCUGGAAGAUUUGUGCCCAGUGACAAAGAGACAGUUUGUAAAAUGCUGUGUAAUUGUAAGUUAUCACAAAUGAAAAUACAUGACAGCACAAUGUGGCCUGUAGAAAAUUCCCCUGAGCCAGCUUCUGUACUUUCAUCACCAAGUCUGAACAUUUGCUAUGUCUGAAGGAGAAUUUAUGAUGGAAUGUUAGUUUGGAUUCUUUCCAGCUACUGCCUAAAUGCAGUAUGGGGUCAUUGAGUUGCUUUGUGAUGACAGUUUCUUUGAAAAUAUGCAAAGUCAGAAGCCAGGCUCGUGUUAAGGUUUUUAAAGAGUUUGCCUCCUGCUACACAAAGAAGAGUGAGGGAAAGGAAAGGACACGGGCAGA